AUGGCUGCCAGGAGCCGACACCUGCCUGAGAUCAAGGCUCACGACAAAAAGGAUGGCUUCGUGCCUGCGCGUCCACACUCGUCGAAGCUUGUCUCGUGGAAAUCCUUCCGACGUCGACGUGUGAUCCUUGCCAUAGUCGUGAUAUGGCUCCUCUAUCUGUUUUUCAAGAACAUCCCUACAGACUUGCCUCCAGUCUCAGAACGCUACGAUUCGCGCUUCGGUCGAUUGACUCCCGGGCUACAACAGCAGCAAGCCUGGCAACGUCAAGAACAAACUGGCACUGAACAAGAUCACAGUUAUGAAGGCCCCAUAGCGUUCCUAAACCUCGCAAAGUCCCUGCGAGGGCUCUCCGCUACUCGCACCGCGAAGGGCGAUGUUCUGUUUGCCGUUUCACGAUUAGAGAGCAUACCACGAAUACUUCCCAUCGCUUGUGCCAUGGCACAGAUCGACCGAACGCGUGUACACGUCGCAUUCAUGGGACGAUCAAUUGCGAAGUGGGCAGACAUAAAGGCUUUGAACGGAGUUCCACGCGACGGCUGCGAUGUGCUGCUCCAUGAUGCGCGGCCAGACUUUCCUACGUUGUCUUCUGAGACGAGGUUGGGUGUUAGUGCUAGGGCGAGCCUGGGACACAUUCAUUCAAUUGUACAGCUUAGUGCGGUACUGGUUGGCGGCGAAGACUUUGAGGCCGGCUAUUUUGUCAAGGCUUUGAGAGAGAAAGCCAAUGCGCUGGGUCUUUCCCUGAUCACUCUCCCUGGUGGCGGCCUCGGAAGUCUCUCAUGGAUUGCUUCGCUGGGAGCUUCAUCCCUAAAUCAUGUCAGCAAGAUCCACGUCGACAUUGUGAUUCAGGCACAGCCCGAGUCUGCGGCAGCGCUCAUUCGACUUCUACGGUCAAUCAAAGAAGCUGACUACUCUGGGUGGUCGGUACCACGCCUGAUUGUUGAGCUGCCAUCCGAUCCCGACCCAUUUCUUUCUGAAUACCUUGCACGCUUCCAAUGGCCUUCUGAUGGCAGUAGUGGCAACACCAAGCUGGUUGUAAGACGUCGAGUCGACAAGAGUCUUCUGUCACCUGCCCAAGCAUCCCUGCGGACCAUUGAGUCGUUCUACCCUUUGAACCCUUCUGAGUCUCACGUCCUUCUCCUCUCGCCCCGGGCCGAGCUCUCGCACAGCUACUUUCAGCUGUUGAUGUAUACGCUGCUGGAAUACAAGUAUGCUGCAAGGAGGACAGAUCUGGUAAACCGCCUCGUUGGGUUCUCACUAGAUCUUCCAACCCAAGCCCCAGACCUCAAAACGGAGGCACCCUGGUCGGCAAGUCGGCUGAAUGAGCCACUCGUCCUUUGGCAAGUGCCCAACGCGAAUGCAGCCUUGUAUUUUGGUGAGCGAUGGAUGGAGUUGCAUUCCUUCUUGUCCCUUCGACUAGAGACUGAUCCCGAGUUAUCUCGAAGGGCGACAUCUACGCCAGCCAUAUCUCAGGAGUUCCCCUCUUGGUUGCAGUCUAUGCAAGAAAUGAUGCAAGCACGUGAUUACUGGAUGAUGUACCCAAACUAUGCGGCUGCUCUAGGUUCCGCAGCAGUGACGAUGCAUCAUGAAUUGCCCAAUUCUCCGGAGGAGUUUAUGCAAGACCAAGCCGACCAGCAAGCCACAGAGACGAACAGGCUCCAGAUAUCGGAGGAGCAGGCACUCACAGCAAACGAUGAAGUAGAGCGGUUGACCCGAAAAGAGCACAGGAGAUAUCCUGCUUCUCUCGUGACGCCGCUCUUGGAAUCUAUGAGCCCGGGAAUGCGGCAGAGCACCCUCGUUGAUGCCAUACCGAUGAUAUCGUACAGUGGCACUAAGAUUCCAUGGGCAGAGUCUCGAGAUUGGGCGUCUCAGUUUGCUCAGGAUUUCGCCCAGACGGUUGGAGGCUGCGCUAGCUACGACCCGGAGAGCCAGGGAAGCGGCGCUGUCGAGUCACUCUUCUGUGUGGCGAGAGAAUAG